UUAAAUGUUUAUAUAUAUAAAUAAAUUUUUAAUAAAUAUAUAAAUUACUGUCCAGUUGAAUUAUAGAGAUUCGGCGGCGGAGUUAUCUUCUCUCGUUUCUGCCCCACACAAAAUCGGAGCAGACAUGGUGAAUUCAGGGAAAAUGAUCGGAUUCAGAUAAAUUGUCAUCCUCGAUAGAAGGGUAUAGGCAUACAUUUUUGAAGUAUAUGUAGCAGCACCAUCAGUUCAGCUAUGACUAAGCACCAAAAAAUUACCAAGAUCUUUAAAAAUAACCUGCAUGAAAGGCUUGCUUCUCAACUACUGCUUUAUAUAUAUACCACAAAAGCACACUUGUGUCUCGCACCCUUCUGCAAGAAAACUUAAAAUACUUAGGCUUCCCAUAAGCCUUUUGAAUAUCCAUUGCAUGUACUGCAGUUAUAUAUAUAUGUAUACACAAGGAUUGCUCGUUGCUUCAUUGCCCAUAAAGAAGCUCGUAUACUAUUUCUUCUAGACACUGUAGUUUUCUUCGGUUUCUAUUUUCGGAAGUGAAGGAAUGGGGAGUGAAGAGACUGUACAAUCAGGUUCUUCGAAGAAGGCCAAUCCUGGCAAAGCUACAAUUUUGGCUCUUGGCAAGGCAUUUCCUCACCAACUUGUCAUGCAGGAGUUUCUGGUUGAUGGGUAUUUCAAGAACACCAAUUGUGAUAAUCCAGAUCUCAAGCAGAAGCUAGCUAGACUCUGCAAGACAACAACCGUCAAAACAAGGUAUGUGGUGAUGUCGGAGGAAAUACUACAGAAAUACCCCGAACUCGCGGCCGAAGGCCUCCCUACUGUAAAGCAGCGAUUGGAUAUCUGCAAUGAUGCUGUGACGCAGAUGGCUAUUGAAGCUUCACAAAUUUGCAUCAAGAACUGGGGCAGGUCAAUGUCAGACAUAACUCACUUAGUCUACGUUUCCUCAAGUGAAGCUAGGCUACCAGGUGGCGAUCUUUAUCUUGCAAGAGGCCUUGGUCUCAACCCCGAAACACAGCGUAUCAUGCUAUACUUCAUGGGUUGCUCUGGAGGCGUGGCCGGUCUCCGGGUCGCAAAGGACAUUGCUGAGAACAACCCUGGGAGUAGAGUUUUGCUAGCUACUUCUGAAACUACCAUAAUUGGAUUCAAACCACCAAGUAUAGAUAGACCAUAUGAUCUAGUUGGGGUUGCACUCUUCGGUGAUGGUGCCGGAGCCAUGAUAAUCGGCACAGACCCAGUUUCAUACAGUGAGCGUCCACUCUUCGAACUUCACACAGCAAUCCAAAAUUUCUUGCCUGAAACAGAAAAGAUUAUUGAUGGCAAGCUCACAGAAGAAGGGAUCAGCUUCAAGCUGGCAAGGGAGCUUCCCCAUAUAAUUGAAGACAAUGUUGAGGGAUUCUGUCAUAAGUUAAUGAGAAAUGCUGGAGUAGCAGAAAAGGAGUACAAUAAGCUGUUUUGGGCAGUUCAUCCAGGAGGACCUGCAAUAUUGAAUAGGAUCGAAAAGCGACUUGAUUUGCUGCCGGAGAAACUAAAUGCCAGUAGACGAGCUCUGAUGGACUAUGGUAAUGCUAGCAGUAAUACCAUUGUCUAUGUGCUGGAGUACAUGAUAGAAGAGAGCUUCAAGAUCAAGGAGAAAAAUGAGAAUUGUGAAUGGGGAUUGAUACUCGCUUUUGGACCUGGAAUUACCUUUGAGGGAAUUCUUGCCAGGAACCUCACCGUCUAAUUACAAUGUCAUGUUUCUAUGUAAUAACCUGGGUUCCCUCUAGAUGUCAUACCAGGGAUGUCUGUACUUGAAUUUUCAUCCGCCUAAUAAAAUGAAUUCCGUGUAACUUGAUAAUCCAUUUUGUUUCUUCUCUCACUCAAACUUAGAUCUUAGUGACGUAUCCAAUAUCGAUGUUUUCUUUCAAUUGAGCUGCUGCAACUGUGCAGUCAUCUUGCAUAUUAGAUUAGCUCAAUAUGUAAAACAGAUA